ACAAGGAGGUUCAGCGACUUGCUCAGGGUCUCAUACAGAGAGUCAGUGGCUGAGCUGGGAUUUGAACAGGGGACUACUGGUUACAAACCCGUAUCUUUAAGCACUGGACCACACAGCCUCCUAUUGAACUACCAGAAAGUUAAAAGAGAGAGGAAUGGGGCACCAACAGCUUUUCCUAUAGUGUAAAAGUUAAUUCCUGCACUAUAUAAAAUACUACAGCAUAGUAAAUUAGAGUAUACUGUAGUAUUGAGUGCAACUUGCAAUAUAGAGUAUAGUAUUAGUCAAACACCAUAGACAACAAGAGUACAUUGUAGUACAGAAUACUUGUGAGUUAAUCCCUGCACAAUAGAUACACUCAUUACAAGAGUACGGUGUAGUACAGGAUACUGUAGUAUAACUUUUAUUCCUGUACUACAGAAACUUGAGUAAAGUUUAGUAUUAAGUUAAUCGUUAUACUUUAGAAACUUAAGUUCAUCCUUAUAUCAUAGAUACCCAGAGUAUUAAGCUCAUCUCCGUGGCUAAAAUUCCUUGGAGUAUAGUACAGCACAGUAUUGUACUGAAUUCAUCCCUGCACCAUAGAUACCACGAGUAUAGUGCCGAGUUCAACCCUAUACUGAAGAAUCUCUUGAGUAUACCACAGUACAUUAGUAUUGAGUUCAUCGCUAUACCAAUAGUCCAGUAUAGUGUUCAGCUCCUCUCUAUACUACAGCAACUCAACAUUACAUUACAGUCCAGUAUAGUAUACCAAGAAUAAAGUAUAGUAUAGAGUUCUAUACUAAAGAGUAUGAGUGUAGUACGAGUCUCUAUACUAUGGAAACCUGGAUUAUACUACAAUACAUUAUGUUAUUUUAUAGUUUACUGUAGUAUUGAGCUUAGCUGUACUACAGGUACCAGUACAGUAUUAUUCAGCUCAUCGCUAUACUAUAUAAACUAGGAGUACAGUAUAGUAUUCAGCUCAUCUCUGUACAAUAGAAACGUGUAGUGCAGUCCAGUCCAGUCCAGUCCAGUCCAGUGUAGUAUAUAAACUCAGAGUACAGUACAGUCCCCUGCACUCUACACAAUUCCAGCUCAUAGUUUCUCAACACAGACCAGCAGUGGAACUCAGAGGACUGAAAUCAGAGAUCCGGAUCGGGAGCGCAGAUUCAAAGGCGCUCGACCCCUGCCUUCCAAAUGAAGAAUGACGAGAAAGCGGAGGGGAGCUGAACACUGCUGGUUUUUCAACGGCACACAGUCGACUCCAGCCUCUCAAGACCGUCUUAAAAAUUGAGCAGGUCAAAGGUUUAAUCGGACACCGAGUGGACUUCCCGAAUGCCUCGGUGAUCUAUAAAGACAUGUCCAUUCUUGAACCCGGUGGGACACCUGGGGACACCACGGACCUGUUCGCCGUACUCCCAGACCAAACUCUGGAGGAUUCCAAUGGCGUUUCGGUUCUUUUUUUCCCAACUUUGGGAAUGUCAUUGGCCAGCAACCAGGGAGUUACAGCAGCUGAACUGGAAGUAGAUUCUGGGGAUGUGUCACGUUCCAUUUCAAAGUGCAAAGUUUCUGAAUUCAUAGCGGAGACUCUUUUUAGGGGAACAGAAACAAAAAUCUCGGAUCUCCUGACCACUCCUAAAACUGGGAUUGGUGCCGCUGGGAAUCCGUCGCACUUCACAGGACACGGAGGCGGACCGAAUCUUAUAUCGUUCCCAACCCUGCUGAAACAGCUCCAUAGAAUCCCUCCUGAUUUAGGAGAAAAUCCUAGCAAUAAUAAUUAUAAUAAUAAUACACAUUCGUUGCUGUUGUCUUCUUCCUCUGCUGGUUACCUUUCUGAGUGCUACAUAGAAGGGGACAUAAUGGAACAUAAUGGCUUCACUCUGAAAUCUUACCCAGUUUUGAUCAAGCUGAUCCAGACACCAGCUAACCGAACUCCCCUGGAAAAAGCCAGCCCUAGAGUGGAGUCCCAAGAGGAGCAGUCCAGCCGCGGGUCAUCUGACUGCCAGAACCAUGCUUCCAAAAACCCUCUGCUCGUCCCGGCCGAGCCCGCUGGCUGUUCCAUGCAGGAGAAGAUUUCCAGCUUCCAGAACAGAGAUUCCGAGAAUCGGCCUGGAUUCCCGACCUUGAUCGAGGUGGACGGACUGGAAUACCUGGCCAGGUUCAGGGAUCUGCGUGCUGGAUACGGGAGAAUUGGAGCUGGGAAUGAGCUGGCAACGGAUGAUGCUGAGCAAACCCAGGAGGGGGAGGAAUCGAUCCCAGAUCCUGAACGCCAUAGCUUAUGGGAUUUCCAGAUGAAAUCUCAGCACCCUUCUGUUGAUCCUUUGGGAUUACCAGAGGAACGGAAGACAAGGAGCAAGACAGGUGUGAUUUGGAAAACCCACUCCACAGCCUGGGAACCGCUGGACGAGGGCAUCUUGAAAAAGGAAGGAAGAAAAACUUCCAAGCAGCGUCCCUUAAAUCCGCGCUCUUUCUCGCAAACGACGCUCCCCUCUCCCUCUCCCGCCCUCGCAGCCCCCGAGCGCCCGUACUUCUGCUUUGCGUGCGAGAAGCGUUUCCGCAGAGCCACAGAUCUGAAGGAGCACCUGCGUGUGCACACGGGCGAGCGGCCCUUUUCCUGCCCUGUGUGCUGCAAGGCGUUCACGCAGGCCUCGGCCCUCGCCACGCACCGCCGGAUCCACACCGGCGAGAAGCCCUUCCAGUGCCGCGUCUGCUUCAAGAGGUUCAACAGCUCCUCGAAUUUCGCCAAGCACCGGCGCACGCACAGCACCACGCGGGAAGGCAGCCCGCGCUACCCCUGCCCCUUCUGGAGGAGGACUUUCAGAGAGGCUAGCCACCACGCCCGACACCUGAGCAGGGUGCAUGGGGGAGGAGGAGGAGGGGAAGAGUACGCCGUGACGGACUGAGAGAGGAGAGGAGAGAGAGAAAGGAGGGGACACCUUUACUUCACUCAAUCAGAAAAUCGAAACUAGGAGAAACUAAGAAAGAAAGCCAAGUUUGCAGACAAACGGUUCGGCUAAUGAUUUUUUUAGAGCACAAGAUGGAAAAUACAAAGAAACUAAUAUCUUCUCACACACACACACACACAUUGCCCUGAUGUUUGUCAGCUUGACUUUCGUAGUUUCUUCUGGUUUUUAGUUUUUGAUUGAGUGAAGUUCUGGGUGAUGAAGGCUUUAAAAAUGUUUGUCUGCUGCUUGACUUUCUUUGUUUCUUCUUGUGCACAGUUUCUGAUUCAGUGUUUGAAGUUCUGGAUGAAGAGUCUAUAAUAUCACAAGAUCCACCCAAACACCCAACAUUCAAGAAUGUUACUGUAAAUUUGUGAAGUUCAGUGUAUCAAGCCGUGCAUUGUCAUUUUACUCUGUCGUUUUAUUGGUCAUUCCUCUAUGUUCUUUGUCAAAUGGAAUCAAGCAAGAUUAUCAAGGGAGUCCCAGUCAAUGACAGUUAACUCCUGCGUCGAUUUUGUAAGCCGUUUGGAAGUGAGUUGUUCUCUCAGCUAGGGCCGGGACUCACUACUGACACGCUUGGAUUAAAAAUAGUUUUAAAACUACGCAAUGUUUUUUUUUUUUUUUUUUUUUUUAAGAGUGCUUCUUAUUUGAAUAGAGCGAUUUUAUCCUCAUCACUGUUUUCACAUUAAAUCAACACAAAAUAACGGCCUCUGACCGCUGCACCUUCCCGUUCAAUGCGAGGCUCGGUUUACUGGUCUGUUGUAACCCCACUGUGAGUGGCUUACUUACUCUCAUUUUCAAAUCUCAUUUUGUUUAUAAAGCACCUUCCAUGACAAGCCAUCCCAAGACGCUUUUAACAAGAGAAGGACAUUCGGAAGGACAUUUAGUACAAUAGAAACAAUAUAACCAAUAAAAACAGCAAAAGAAACCGUGCAGCAGCACCCCCCUGUGGUUGAUAAGGCUCCUGUGAUUCUGCAGUGGAGCCUCCAGAUCUGUGUCGAGGAUACAGAUAAUAAUUGGGCACAGUAAAUUGGGGAGAAAACCAGGGUUAAAAAUUGGAGACUAAAUUUAAAAAUAAAAACAUUAUAGCAAAUAAAAGCAACAGAUGAGGAACUCAAACCGAAUAGGAAUAAAACUAUAUAAAAAAGAAACAUUAUAAAGAUAUAAAAGCCCUGUUUUAAAAGCAUGUUUUCAGUUUAUUUUUAGAAACUGCAGGUGUAGGUGCGUCUCUCACUGUGCAUGGUAGAGCACUCCAGAGUUCAGGUGCCCUGUGACUGAAUGCUCUCCCACCCGUCCUUUGCUUUAAACCCUUGGGACAGAUAGCAGCCCUGCAUCAUGGGAUGGGAGUGGCUGGCCAGGGGGAUCGUUUUCAUUUAGUAUAGUAACCCGUAUCAACAGUGUUGUUCUGGAAGUAUUCUUAUGAUUGCCGAUUGCGUGAUUAAAGGAAGGAGCCUGGAUGUUUGUAAAAUCCCUCCUGUCAUGUCACUGGCUGGAGCAGGCAGCGGGAGAAAUGAAGGCCAUAUAUUGACCGCCCUGAUUAGCUGAGCUACUGAACGUUAUAUCUUGUGAACCACGUUUUAAAUUUGUUUUUAGCUUUUUACGAUGUUUGCAAUCUAAGUGGUUAUAAUUUGAAUUAUAUAUAUACAUUUAAUACGUCUGUGUUGCUUUGACUGUGAGUUCAGGAGCUGAAGAACUGAAGAGCAGUUCCUGAACUCACAGUCAAAGCAAUACAGAGUGAGCAAAACAAUGUAAUGCAGCCCAGCCCAGCGCAUUGCAGUUAAAGAACUACAGCUCCCAGCAUCUCUCGCCGUUGCCCCGGGUGCAGAGGCGUGCUGGGAGCUGUAGUCCUAGCCAAGGCUGUACCGAUUCAUAACACAAUAACUAUGGCAUUGUAGCUAGAACUGAAGAGCAGCUCCUGAACUCACAGCCAAAGCAACACAGACUCUAAAUAAUUGCAGGAAACCCUGGUGAAGAGACUUUUACACUAACUUGUUUUUUAUAGACAUUUUUUUAAACAUUUUGUAGAGUCGUUCAUUAAAAUAUAAUAAAA